ACAAGAUCUGCAACAGGCUUACAAACUAGCAAUGGAAGCCGCAACCAAAAAUCACAUGAGAAACAAGUCUCGUUAUGAUCAACAUGUCCGAGAUCAACCAUUGGCAGAGGGUGACAGAGUGUUGUUAAGAAACCUUGGCCUGAAGGGGAAACACAAACUUCAAGAUCGUUGGAGAUCUACUCCCUAUGUGGUAGUGAAGAAGUUGCCCAAUCUACCUGUUUAUCAAGUGAAGCCAGAACAAGGCUCUGGAGUCAUUAAAACCCUCCAUAGAGAUCAUCUCUUGCCAAUUGGUUACCUGGUCAGAAUGCCACAUUCAGUGGAAAACGAGAAAAAAGUCACAAAACCAGCAGUCACAAGGCUGCAGAGUGUAAGGAAAACCCCCAAACAGUCUUCGUUGUCUGAGCAAGUAACCAGCGACUCUGCUUCAUCAGACUUGGAAUUUGAAGGUGUGCGUGAGUACUCAUCCUUGGAUAUGGAUGAGGUGAAACAACAGCUUUUGCACACCCACCAUCUGGAGAAACCAUACCCAAGUUCUGUUGAUGAGAGUUCACAGGUGUCAGACAGUGAGCAAAGUGAAACUGACCCAGUUAGACAAAGAGAGGAGUUGUCGGAUGACACUAGCUCUCAAGAAUCGGAAGAUGAAGAGUUGCAGUCCCAGCCUACAGAAACUGAGAUGACGCAGGAAUCUCCUUCUGUUUCGAAAAGAGCUGUGAAAUGCAAAGAGACACCAGUAGUUAGGAAAUCUCAGCGCGAAGUUAAGCCAGUCAUACGCUUGACUUAUGAUGAACCUGGACAUCCUACUGAGGAACCUGUAACCAUUGUGCAUCAUGGGAUGGUUAUUCAGUUGAACCUUGGUUCACAGGGCGAAGGUAUUAAUCCAUUCAGAGAGUCUACACCUUUCAAGAGAUCAUCAAAACAAGAAAGGAAACCCUUAACUACCUCAGGCAGAAGAGCCAGGGUUAGAUGAGGACAUCUACCUUUUUAGAAGAGGGAGGGUGUAGCCCAGUCCAUAAUGAUUAUGGGCAUGAGUAAAUAGUUUUAAAAUGUUCAAAUAACUAAUAGUUCAUGUACAGUUUUUAUAAAGUUCAUAAGUGAGUUGUGUUAAAACAAUAGUGGACCAAAUCAUUUUGUUUGUUAAUAAAGUAGUAUGUCACUUUAAUUAGUUUCACUGCACUUUCACGCAUUUUGUGUUGUGUACAACCUAUCCUCACUGAGCAUCAGAAUGUCAGUCUUGACUUGUGUUUAUUUGUAUUGGUUGUUUGUGACCUAUGUAACCAAUCAAGGGAUUGUGGGGGCGGGAUGUGAGGUUGACCUAGUAGAGGGCAGGUGCGCGAGAGGUACAGAGAUGCCACAGACGUACAUCAAACGUGUGUGUUGACCGCUGAUCGUAUCGGAGUAUAAGUGCCUUUCAUCGUGGUGAAUGCAGAGUUUGCCAUUCUGUGUUAAGGACUUUGAAACAUCCGAAGGACCAGGAGACUAUCCUUGGACUUUUUUUUCCCCCUUGCUACGUGACGGAGCAUAGAAGUAUCCAGGAGUCGCCAUCUUGCUUGGAUUUUGUGUCGGAGACCGAAGCCGUUGCCGGAUGCCCUCGUUGCCCUCACGAAUGAUUCCCUAAAGGUUACCAGCGACUAAUAUUAACCAGGUUGCUGACUGACUGACUGCUCGAGGUUGUGAGUACUCAAAUUGCACGUGCUUAUUAUUUUAUUGUUUUGUUCUGCUUGCUUUGCAAGCGAAAGGGUCAUAAAGUUUCUGACCACACCGCACCCCAGCGUCGACACAGGCCUGCACCGUU